UCCAUUUCUUGUUUCUAAACAGUGAGAGAAGUGCUACACUUGGUGGAGGGAGGCUGUAAGACAGUUGCUUUAUGCGUGCUGUACGUUACGCCAUAACAUGUCACGAUGUAACGUACAGCGUCGGAGGGCUUCACAAUGAAAAAGGGGGUUACCCAGAGGAUCUCACCAAGGAGAGGAGCCAAAGUAAGCUUAAGGAUGCAGAGUCUGGCCUCACCACUGUUGGACCCUUACAGUCUUACUCCACAUCCCACCCGUUUACCUCUCCACCGGACAACCCACUCCAAGAUGGACAGUAAUCACCAGUUAGACAUUACUGAUGCGAAUGAAGAGUGGCUACUCACAGAGACUGUGGCCAUUGAAAGUAGAGAAGGACGAGUCUGGUCAAAACAUUCAGAUGAAGAGAGUAUCCAGGGAAUCAGAUAUAUCACAGAGGACCUGAUCUCGAGGCUGACCAAGCAGGACAAUUUAGCCUUUGUACGGUCCCUAAACCUGGCCGUAACAAAGAGUGGAGACAAGAAAUUCAAGUUCAUUGAGAAUUUGGAGAAGUGUGAGCACCUGCAGAUCCUCAACGUCAGCCAUAAUGUCAUUGAAAAAAUUGAGAAGCUUGAAAAGCUGCACAAGUUGCGGGAACUACAUCUCUCUAACAACAUAAUCCAUAAAAUUGAGGGCCUAGAGCACAUGGCAAGUCUUCAGCUUUUAAAUCUUUCCAGCAAUGACAUUGAACAUGUGCCUCUAUGGCUGGCUAAGAAACUGACAUCACUCCAGACUUUAAACCUUCAACGUAACAAGAUCUCUUCUCUGCAUGAGCUGUCCAGACUAAAGCCUCUGAAAAACCUAACAGAGUUGACCUUGGCAGAGAACCCUAUAGCCAAUCUCCCCCAUUACCGUCUCUUCCUGGUUUUCCACCUGAGGUCACUUGAGACACUGGACGGGCAGCCUAUCAGCCAGGAAGAGAGAGAGCAGGCCCCCCAGCGCUUUCAAAUGGAGGAGAUUGAGCGUCUGGAGCAGGACCUAGAGUGUCGUGUGGCAGAGAUCGGGAAGCUGCAAAGUAAGCAGGUGGCUGCAGUGGAGGAGCUUGAGCAGCAGGAGGAGCUCAUUGACCAACUGCAGCUAAAGAGCCUGCAGCAACAGCACUGCCAGGCCCAGCAGGAGCAGGAGCUGGACACCAAGACAAAGCUGCCUCCUUCAUUGCCUGCUCCUCUACUGGAUGCUAUUUGUCAGCUGAAACAGAAAACGGUGGAGCUGACACGCGCAUGCCAGAAGCAGUAUGAGCUGGAGCAGGAGUUAGCCUUUCAGAAGAUCGACGCCAAGUUUGAACCAUAUCCCUAUUACCCAGACCAUGAGUUGGAGGCAGAGAGCUUGCUGGAGGAAAGCCCUUACAUUGGAAAGGCACGGCACAAAAGGAACACGGUGGCCUCAGAUGGCAUCCAGAGUCAUCAGAUGCCAACUGCAGGCCACAUAGAGACAGACAACCCCAGGCAAGAUGUGGCCAAGAUGAUCAGCUCCAGAGACUGCAGCCAAGAACAGACUAAAGGCGAGGAGCGUCUGCAGCAGUUGCACAGGGAGAUCGAGGAGGCAGAGCAGCAUGUCCUCAGGGCCGUUGGAGAGCUUCGCCAGCUGCAGGAGACACUCUCCCAGAAACAGGUGUCCGAGGCAGAGAAAGAGCAACUAAGGCAGAAGCUCCACUGGAGGAUCCAGCAAGUGAGGCAGCUGAGAGAUGAGGCGGAGGCUCUGGAGGGCCAGCUGGAGAUACAGAGCGGGGAAAUGGACCGAACCCAGGGAGACCUGGGCCACCUCCAGGACCUACUCCACACACUGGACCCCAGGGACCCCCAGCAUGCCCAUGUGAAGGCUCAGGUGUCCAGUAAGAGCCAGCUGCUGGACAUGAUGAGCAGGAAGCACCGGGAGCUGGAAGGCCGGCUGGACGACAUGCUCUCCCGUAUCGCCAAGGAGACCGAGGAGAUCAAGGACCUGGAGCAGCAGCUGACCGACGGUCAGAUAGCAGCCAACGAGGCUCUGAAGAGGGACCUGGAGGAUAUAAUCUCUGGCCUGCAGGAGUACCUGAGCGGGGUGAAAGAGCAGGCCCGGCGUGCCCAGGCAGACUGCCACCACCUGCAGAGGGAGAUGGAGGCCCUGCAGCGCUACCUGGAUGAGAGCCAGGAGCAGCGCCGCCUGCUGGAGACAAUUGCCACCACCACUCAUACAGAGAAAGCACAGCAGCAGCAGGAGCUGGACGCGCUGAGGAGGGAGAACGCUGAGCUGCGGCUGGCGCAGGGUCAGAUCAGCGCCUACGAAGCGGAGCUGGAGAGCCAGCUGCAGGAGCGCCAAACUGAGGCGGGCCAGCUAAAGGAGGAGCUGGGACGAAUGUGCAGGCUUAGCCAGUUGGAGCACGCUGCCCUGCAGGCGGCGCUGGACAAGGAAAGGCAGUCCAAGGACAAUGCCCAGGCCCGACUGCAGCUGGUUGGAGAGAGGGAGCAGCAGAGUGAGGAGCUCCUGGAACAGCUCACUGCUCUACAGGAGGACAAGGCCAGUCUGGAGGAGUGUGUGGGUGCUCUGCAGAGUUCUCUAGAGCAGGCCAGGGAAACAUUGCUAUGCCCACAGGAGGUGCAGAGGCAUCUUGAGCAGAUGAUAAGGACCAUCACCUCAGGGCAGCCUGGCCACAUCAGCAGGAUGAGCAGUGAAGGGGGCAUGGUGGGCCGCAACUUGGAGCGGCUGCAGCGUGAGGUGCUGGGAGUGGUGUCUGCUGCCCAAACAGACCGGGACCAAGCCCAGCAGGGCCAGGCUCGACUCAGUCAGAAGCUGGCCUCCCUCCGAGAGCAACACAAGGCAGCCUGCCAGGCUGCAGCACAGGCCACGCAGGCAGCAAAGAACCUCAGUGAGGAGGAGAUACUCCAGCUCCAGGAGGAACUGCAGGAGGCACGAGAACUCCAGAAACUGAUGGGCCAGCGGUUCCAGGAGGCUGAGGACGAGCAAGAGCUUUUGCUCGCUGAGCUGGAGGAACAAGACAAACAGAUGGAAGUGGGCGAGUGCCACACCCAGCAGCAGCUGCAGUCUCUGGACUUGGAGCUGCUGGAGCUAAGAAGCUCCUUCACAACGGCAGACAAGAUGUCCGCCCAGCAGUUGAGAGCCGCCAAAGAGCAGCUCCGCUCCUUACACACCAUCGUGGAGCAAAUCAACCAGGAGAGGGAUGAGGAUGCGGAGGAGCUGGAGGGGUCUAGGGUUCUAGCAGCCGAGAUCACUCAGAACCUGACCAAAGCCGAGGCUGAGAUCCAGCUGCUUCAAAAGCUACUGAAAAAGCUACUGAAGUACAGGAUGCAUUUGAUGGACCAAAAUAGCCUGGGGGGUAUUUUAGACAACAGCAUCCAACAGCAGGAGCUGGAUCGACUGAAAUGGGCCUUGACCAGACAAGAGGCCCAGACUAAGCAACUGCGGGAGCAGCACGCCCUGGCUAGAGAGAAGAACAGCGGGAACCUGGAGGAGCUUAUGGGGGAGGUGUGUGCUCUCAGGGAAAACCUGGUCCAGCAGAACCAGGUCUUAUCCAGCCUCAGAGAUCCUCACAGGACCAGGGGUCACUGGUACUAUGUCCCAUCAUCCACAAAUGCUCACAGUUUAGGUACUCAGGAUUCAGGUCUAGGGUCGCAGUAUCCUACCUUGCCUGGCAGGGGGCACCGCAACAGCAGGCGCAGGGGGGUCAGCAGGGAUAGAGGUCCCCAGCCUGUAGGGGGAUACUGGGUCUACUCCCCUCCGGUGCACACAUCCUCACACACUUACAAAGGAAGAGGUGAGGCGAGGGACAGUGGUAGUGAGAGCGAUGUGGUAGACUGCAGCUCCUCUGGGAUGGGGACUGGGGAUCAAUUCAGCCAUCCCCCUGGCUCGGCCAUCUACACCAUGCUGCCCGACGGUUCGCCCCUGCCCCUUGGCUCUGUGGUCUAUGCCUCCCCUGCGGCCAGCCUGGCAUUCAGUCCCGGGACGGUCAUCUACGGGUCUCCACCACAGGGGGCCCACCUGGUCUAUGGCCCCAGCAGCCUCUCUGGGCCCUUGCUCGGAGUCAGCUUCCCCACCGGGGUGCUCCACUGCAACAUGCCGGGGCACAAGGAGAUGGAGAGGGAGCUGGCCAGGCUGGAGCAGCUGGUGGAGGAACAUCCACGUGGCAGCCGGGGCCCAGGGGUGGAGGAGAGGCAGGCCCAUUUGGAGAGGGAUGUGCUCAGGCACCAGGAUCAGCGCACACAGCUCAGACUGGAGCUCAGAGAGCUCCGGAGAGCCUUAAGCCAACUUCUCCGCCGAAGGGAGAUGCUGGAGGGCCGAGGGGGGUCAGAGGUUGUGGAAGAGUCCCUGCGGCACCACGGGGCUCUGCUGGAUGAGGUAGAAUGUUUGGAGAAGACCCUGCUCCGCCGCAGGGCUGAACUCAGGGAGGCAGACCGACUGCUGCUGGAGGCACAGGGCAGCUUAAAGGACACAAGGACCAAGACUAAAGCGACUCUCCAGCAACACACUGAGGCCCAGAAGCGGCUCGCCGACACAGAGCGGGAUCUGGAGGAGCUGGAACUCCGCGCUCGGGACAGCGCCUCUUUGCUGGUGGAGGCCAAACAGCAUCUCAGGGAUCUGCAGGAGGAUCUCCAGGAUCUGAAGAGACUCAAGGAAGAGCAGGGAGACGCUCUGCAGAGGGUGGAGGAGGUGGUGGCUGCCCGCGACCUGGUGUUCCAAGAGGUCAACAAGAAGGUGAAACGAGCCAGUGAGCGACUGGAGGCCCUCCAGAGCCAGAUUCAGGAGACCCAGAGCAAGGAGGCCACACUGCUGGAAACCUGCAAACAGUCUGAGAGCACCCUCGCCCAACGCAGGGGCGAGCUAGCGCAACUUAACAUUCAGGUGCUGCGUGGGGAUGUAGAGGCGCUCCAUGUCCAGAAGGGUGAGCUGGAGGCACAGCUGACUGAGAGGAGGGCUAGCGUGGCUGCACUCAAACAGCAGGGAGGUCAGGAGGAGGAGAUCCUACAAAAUGUCCACUUACAGAUCAACAAGCACAAAGCAGAGCUGAAGCACGUUCUGGAGAUGUUGCAGGUGACGGGCCAGGAGCUGCAGGCGGUGAAGCUGCAGCACGACCAGCACCUGGACCAGCUGGAGAGGAGUCAGGAGAGCCUGCAGCAGGUGCGCGUGGAGCUGCAGGUGCUGCAGCAGGAGGCAUUGCGCCAGAAGUCUGAAGGCGAGCGCCAGAUGAGGCUGGCGGAGCAGGACCGGACGGAGCUGAGAGAGGAGGCGCAGGGAGUCCGGGAGCAAGCGGAGGAGGCCGCCAGGGAGAGGAACAGGCUGGAGGAGCAAUGCCGGAACCUGGAGGCCAGACGGACACACGCCGACCGGUGUUUGGAGGCAGCGGAGGACGGGGCGCGGGUGGCUGAGGCUGAGCUGAACAGGCUGCAUGCAGAGCUGGGCCAGCUGAGACAGGAGCAGAGACAGGCUCACACACACAGGCAGAAGAUGGAACGAGACACGGCAGCCACUCAGCAACAGCUAUACCGGGAGUCUGAGAUCUUCAGGGGUCAAAAGGAGCAGGUGGAAGAGCAAAAAACGGCAAUUAGAGAUGCUGGAGGAGGAGGUGCGAGUGUUGGUCAUGGUCCGGGACAGUGUGGCGUGGGAGGAGCAGGAAGCGAGGAAGCAGCUGGAGGAGGAUGAACGAAGAGCUGAGCAGCUGGAGCACCAGCUGAUGGAGCUGCACACGGACCUGGCUGAGAGGCAGACUCGACUACAAUGUGCGCGGGGGCUGCAAUGUGAGGCCAAAGAGCGUGAGGAGAGGCAGCGGCAGAGGCUCCAGGAACUGCAGGCCCAGAGCCAGGUUGAGGAGAGCUCUCUGGCCCAGCACACACUCAGACUGGAGCAGGUCAACACUGC